CUACUGGUCAGAAGGACCCCACCAGGAGUCCUGUCUCCCGUCUCAACCGCGAGCCAACACGCCUUACAAGCUUAGGAAGCGAGUAUUACACUGGAGCCUGCUCCAACACGGCAUCAUCAGCCACGCGGACGACACAGCACAUGUACGGCAGCACAUGCCCGCCAACCAUGUCACCCACCGUCUCAGCUAAGGGUAACAACAAAGGGUCAAGCCAGUUGGCUGGGGGCGACAUCGUUAGCGACAUGGACAGGAGACGGGAGGAAAGUGCUACUACAGCAAGGGUGGACGCCGGCAAGGAUGCGCCACAGCCGCCACCGCCUGCCAAGCCUGCACCUGUCAGCCGCAUUCCACAGGCCAUGGUGGUUCUGGCUCAGGCGGAGGUGCCGCCCGACUGUCCGCCCGCCACCCCGCUGCCAGAGCUGCUGCACCGCCUGCUCCCCGAGCACCUCCCCAGCAUCACAGCCGCCAAAAGAGCCCUCCGGCGGCGUCUGGUGCUGCGGAUCCCCGCGGCUGCCUUCUCCUCCUCCUCUUCCUCCUCCUCAGCAGCAGCAGCAGCACCCGCCUCCUUCUCCUGCACCCCAACCGGCGGUGACAGCACAUCCUCCUCCUCCUCGGCCGCCACCGCCGCCUCUUCCACUUCAGCACCACCAAACUGCGACACCAGCACCACCACCACCACCACCACCGCCCUGGGCGACAAGCCGCACCCAAGCGGCGUCCUGAUGUCCACUGCGGACCUGGCCGACCCACGGGACGUUUUGCAGCUGCUGGCUCGCAGCGGCAGCGGCUACAUGGGCUGGGUGGGCCCCGAGGAGGCUGCUGGCGGCGGAGGCAGCAGCAGCAGCAGCAAGCGGGGCAGCAGCAGGAGGGGCAGCUCAUCUGGAGCGGCUGCGGGUGAGGAUGGUGAUGAACUGGGGAGGUUGGAAAACGGGUCGCCGUCAGGGCAGCUGCUGCAGCCGCAAGCUGCAGUCCAAGGAGAGGUGAACAGUCGACGACACCUCCAAAAGCAGUUGCCCUCGGGCCUGCCGAUCGCCUACGAGGAUGACCAUUUAGCUGUGGUGAUUAAACCACCUGGCAUUGAGACCCAAGGGUCAGGAGAUGCCAGCGUUCAGGGGCGGCUGAAGUACUGUCUGAGACCCACUCCCCUGGUCGGAGCCCUCCACCGGCCCAAGCAGGUGCACCGGCUGGAUCUGCCCACGGGAGGAUUGCUGCUGGCGGCUAAGACCCACGUGGCGCUACGGGGCCUCGCCGCGGACCUACAUAACCGGCGGGUGACUAAACGGUAUUGUGCCCUGGUCAAGGGCAUUCGCGGCGGCUCCCGAACCAUCGACAUGCAGCUGUCCGGCAAGCCGUGCGUCACUUACUUUGAAGCCUUGCUGCCCCCACCGGGUCUGACACUGUCUUCCAACCCAACCUCAUCAGCAGUAGCAACAGCGGAGGCCGCUGUAACCCUAACCGCGACAGCAGAGGCAGCAGCGCCGGCAGCAUCGGUAGCCACAGCAGCAUCGGCAGCAACAACUGCUCAUGUGGCGGGCUGCACCCACGUACCCAGUCCGCGCCACGGGGCCCUCUGCAAGGUGCUCCUGUGGCCGCACACGGGCCGCACACACCAGCUGCGCAAGCACAUGGCCUACACCGGAACACCCAU